UUUGUAUAAACAAGAUGGUGGACCGACCCUCCCCCCAUUCAUCAGGUUGUUGAACUUAUUGAGCUGUAUUUUUAGUUGUACACAUCAGCUGACCAUGUCCAGUACCCCAGAGCCUACCCCUGGGGACACCCUUCCAGCAACCACAGAGACCCCACCUUCCUCACAGUCCAAUACACCAGUUAAAGGGCAGAAAACAGUCAAGAAAGACAAAAAUGACCCUGCCCGGUUUGAAGGCGAAGGUGUUAAUUUCAAAGCAAAGUUGAUAGGUAUUGAUGAUGUCCCUGAUGCUAGGGGAGACAAAAUGUGCCAAGAAACUGUCCAGAAACUCAAGAUGGCCAUUAGGACUGCUAAAGAACACAAGCAAAGGAUUAUUCUCAACAUAUCAGUGGAUGGAAUGAAGAUUAUUGAUGAAAAAACAGGGGCAGUAAACCAUACCCACCCAGUACACAGGAUCUCCUUCAUAUCCAGGGACGUCACAGAUGCCAGGGCAUUUGGAUACAUCUUUGGACCUGGAGAUGGGAAACACAAAUUCUUUGGCAUCAAAACUGCUCAGAAUGCAGAAGGGGUUGUCCUGGCCUUGAGAGACUUGUUCCAGUAUGUCUUUGAGAUGAAGAAAAAGGAAGUAGCAGAAGCUAAAAAACAACAGGAAGAACAACAACAAACAACAGAAAAUCAGGAGAGCACAUAUCAGGUCCCCACCAACAAUGGUCCAGUAUCAGCAGCUGAAGGAGAGAGUGCAUAUGCUGUCCCCCAGAACAAUGCACCUGUAGUAGCCCCCAAGCAAGAGGAGAGCAGCAGUUCAACUGGAAAUCUAUUGAACCUGGAGACAGAACUGGAAACUUUACAACAGGGAAUCAAGCAGAUUGAUGCCUUUAACCAUGACUUCUGGACCAGCACUGAAGGCAGUCUUGGGUCAGGAAAAUCUGCACCAGACCCAUUUGUUGUGAACAGAACACCUGCCUGGGGAACAGCACAGAUGACAGCUACGGGAGCCCCUGGUGGAGCAUGGGGACAACCCACACCAAAUGCUCAAAUGAAUUUUCAAGCAAACUUCCAACAGCAAAUGCCGGCGCAGCCAGGAAUGCAACAACAGUUUGGUACCCCAUUUGGAGCCCCUGCUGCAUUUAAUAAUCCAGCACCUACAGGGCUUCCCAAGGCUACAGACCCUUUCAAUGACCCCUUCUUCCAGUCCAAACCAGCCCCCUCUCAAGCACCAAAACCACAGUUUAACUCACCCUUCAGUGCUUCCAACAUGUCAGGAAUGGGAUUUAAUCAGCCUGCAUUUGGCGCACCUCCAUCACAACCACCCCCUGCAGCUUCCAAGCCAGAUCCUUUCAGGGAUGAUCCAUUCUUUAAUCCCCCUGUAGUGACAUCUGCGGCCCCUGCUCCUGACAUUGUACCCCAGGGAGAUGACAGAUACCAUGGAUUGGAUGCCUCUCUGUUCACCACAGCUAAUCCUGAACCUGCUGUUCCUACACCUUCCAUGGAUCCUUUCACGGGCGACUCCCCCCUGGUGCCAACUCAGAUUCCAGGGAGCAACCCCAAUGAAAUACAAUCAGUGCCAAGCAACACAAAAAAGAGCAUGUUUGAAGAUUUGGAUAUUUUAGGCAAAAAAACAUCAUCAUUUGUUCCAGCUUCUCAACUCUUCAAGGCUGCUGAGCCACCAAAGAAAAGUUUGAAUGAAUUGAAAAGUAUUCCUCAAGGUAGUUCUAUUAGUUCAAGUUCAAAUAGUGAUACCAUAGAUCCAUUUUCUGUAGAUUUUGCACCACCAACUGUAACCUCUGCACAGCAUACCUUUGCUUCUGAUUCAGAUAGCAUGAGCACUGCUUUAAGCUUCGGUCCCUCUCCCCCUGUCCCCAAACCAAGGUCACUUCCAACACAAAAGGCACAGAAAACAGAAGUCAGUUUUGAUGAUGAUUUUGGUUUGCCCUCUCCAGAUGCACCCCCACCCCCUCUGCCCAGACAGGGUACUAUAGACAUAGAUGAGGCCCCAGCACCUCCCCCACGCCCCUCUCAGAGCUCAGCUGCACCAUCUGCUUUACCCCGCUUGCCAGCCCCACCUGUGCCAAAACCUAGACAAUCACUACUCAGCAGUGACUCCACUAGUGCAAGUGGCUCCCCUGGUGUCAAGCAAAAUGGUGUCCAAGCUGGUCAGCUCAGUGGUGGGGCUGUGGACCCUUUUCAUGGUCCAGUGUCCAGUGGUGGGGUCAGUAGUGGUGCUAGUCAGCCAUUUGGGAACUCAUUCAAUGAUGAUUUCUUCUCCUUACCUGCAGUCCCCAGUGGGCAGGGAGCCAGUGAUCCUUUUGGAUUUGGAAAUUUUGGUGAACAAAUUCAGGAACCAAUAUAUGCAACAGUGAACAAACCAAAGAAGCCUACAUGAAACUUGGCAGACUGGAGACCCCAACCGUCCAAGUUACUUUUUAUCAUUUCUACCUUCUACAUUCUAUUUAUAAGGAUGAGGAGCUAAUACUCUAGUUCCAGGAUCAAAGUUACGUAUCUAUGAUCAAAUGAACAAAUACUGAAGGCCACAGAUAUUGAAUAACUGCAUCAAUGACAACCUCUGUGUUUAUAGUAAAUUUACUUGUUUUAUUACAUAUCUUUGACAAAAUUAGUACAAUUUACUCAAACAAAUUGAGGCAUUAAGUAUGCAUUUUUGAACUGUCUCAAGGGGAUCAGUGGGGUGCAAGGUGAUGCGAUUUAAUGAUUUUUAUGUUAAAAUGGUAAACAUACCUGUCUACAUUUCAUUAUUAAGUCUAAGGUCAAUAAGAAGUGCCAAGAUUGAUUUUAUAUCAUUCAUAAUAUUACUUAAUGUCUAUGCCUUAGUUCAAUAGGGACGCAAAGCAUCUUUAAUGUUGUUAAUAUAUAUUCAAUUUUAUAUUGUUAAUUGUUGGUAGUGUAUAGAAUGAUACUGCUAUAUAUAUACAAGGCAGAAUCUAUUAAAUGCAUAUGUAUUGAUAAAGACUGAAGUCUUUUAAGGCAAGCCAUAAUCUAGUAAGCUUAAUUGGUUUUGAGUCCAAUAAGGCCUGUAUUUUUUGUGAUUCAGAAAUGUUUUAAAUUGGUGUUUAAUUUUCUGCAA